AUGAAUGAUCCAGGUCCAACCCAGACUACAUUCUCCGACCUUGCUGCAUCGGAAGAGAAGCAGAAUACCUUCCUCGAGUCCCUUGUGAGCUUCGUACUGAACAACGGAUUCGAUGGUGUUGAUCUAGAUUGGGAGUACCCUGUUGCGGAUGAUCGUGGUGGCAAGCCAAAGGACUUUGACAAUUUCGUGACUUUUAUUAAACGCCUACGGGAGAGGCUGAAUCGGGUUCCGAGGCAGAUUGGACUAUCUAUUACUUUGCCCGCCUCAUAUUGGUAUCCGACAGGAUUUGAUAUUGUCCAUCUCGAACCGCAUGUUGACUUCCUAAACAUAACGACCUACGACAUUCGUGAAAAUCAACCUCGCCCUGGAGCUCCUCUGGCGCUGAACCUCGGGCUUGGCUUCUAUGGCCGCAGUUUCACCCUCUCGUCCCCGGACUGUAUACAAGCAGGCUGUGGAUGGAGUGAGGGCGGGCGGCCUGGCAAAUGCACAAACACAACAGGCAUUCUCCCCGCCACUGAGGUGUCGCGCAUUCUCAAGGAGGGGAAGGGAAAGCCAUUCCAAGACAAAGAGGCUGCGGUCCAAAUCGUUGUCUUUGACAAGGACCAGUGGGUUGCGUAUGAUGACGUGGAAACCUUGAAGAUGAAGCUAAAGUUCGCGAAUAAGCGAUUCUUGGGGGGCACUGUGGUUUGGGCUGUUGACUUAGACGAUGGUGGCUUGAUUGGGUCUUUGGGAACGGCCAUGGGGAAGGAAAAGGAGCUUGUUAUUGAUGAGCUCUUCGGCGAUUAUGACACGGAUUUGGGAACCAAUAAAACGGGGCAGCCUCCUGGGGCUUAG